CUCUCUCUCUCGAUUAAUAGACCGAUCAUUCAAUACAGAGAGAGAAAGAGAAAGAGAUUCUCAUACACAUACACCUCUCCCCUGAGCUCCUAUCCUGACCACCUCCCUUGCCCUUCAGAAUACAUCCUGCACUCGGUUUCUGCCGUGUGGGCCAAUGCAGAGGGCACGCGCCUUUGCUACGCCACCUUCAACGACACAGCUGUCCAGGAUGCCAAGAUCCCCAUCUACACCAGUAUCUACACCACCAUCAGAGAAGUGAAGUACCCUAAGGUUGACACGAAGAACCCUGUGGCGACGUUAUGGGCUGUGGAUCUUAGGGGUUCCACGCCCAAACCACGAGACCUGAAGCCGCCCACGCGAGUCAGAGACCAGGACCACUACUUCACGAGCGUCGGUUGGGUGGACGAGGGAACAAUCGCCGUUACCUGGAGGAACCGAGCGCAGAACGUGAGCGUCGUGACUAUCUGCAAAGAGCCCAUGUGGUUCUGUGAUGAGCUUUUCGUGGAGGAGAGCGGACCUCGGCUCUGGGCUACCGUGGAGGACGUGCCACUGUUUGCUCAAAACGGCACGGCCUUUGUGAGCGUUCUGCCCCUCGUCGACAGGGAGCUAGGGACGUUCCCGCACAUCCACCAGGGGGAUAUUGAGACCAAACAUAACACUCCUGUCACCUUCGGGCCCUACACGGUGUUUUCCGUGCUUGCAUGGGACACAGAGAACCACUAUGUAUAUUACGUGGCCAACACUGAUUCCGAGGCAGCUGAACGACACCUGUGGCGAGUGACAGACAUGUCGGCACCAGCGCAUCGCCGCCAGCAGGAGUGCCUCACGUGUUUCCUCAACUACACCACGCCCCCCUGCCGGCACUUCACGCCUUACAUGGGACCAGACAACUUCAAUGAGGUGGUCUUGCACUGCGAGGGUCCAGGAAUACCUCACACGGUGCUCUUCUCGACACUAGACGGCGAAGUGCUAAUUUACAUCCACAACAACUCGGACUUGCAACAGCUGAGUGAGCAGAUGGCGUGGCCUCAGCAACGGAAUUACAACGUGCGACUUGAAGACAAUUUCAUGGUUAAAGUCCGCCUCAGCAUCCCUCCGGAGUUCGCUGACGACGAGGCCUUCAUCCACCCGAUGGUCGUGCGCGUCGGGGGCGUCCCGGGGCAGCAGCUGGUCAAUCACAAGUGGAGCGUGGACUGGGGCACCUACCUGGCCUCCAACAAGUCUUGGGUGGUACUCGACAUGGACGUCCGAGGAGCCGCGGGUCAAGACCUUAGUUUUAUGUACAAGCCGGCCUGGAAGCUCGGGGAGGUCGAAGUACAUGAUCAUUUAGCAGUCACGAAGUCCCUGGUGUCAGAGCUGGAGUUCAUAGACGCGGCGAGAGUGGUGGCCUUCGGCUGGGGUCACGGAGGGUACAACGCUGCCCGCAUGCUAUCUCAAGACGUCGAGAACCUCUUUACGUGUGCCACUGUCGUCAACCCCAUCACGGACUGGUUACUCUAUGCGUCGUACUACAGCGAGCGAUACAUGGGCUCGGAGCAGCUCGGACCCGGAGGGAACUACAGAGGCUACGAAGAGAGCUCCCUGUUGUUCCACGCCGGAAACUUCAAGAACAAGAGCCUCUUCCUCGUCUACGGCUCGGGGGACACCGACGUCCACAGUGCCCACACGCUCAAGUUCUCCAGGGCGCUCACGGAGAAGGGCAUCAUCUUCAGGCAACAGACCUACACGGACGAGGGCCACGACCUGGAGCGCGUGAGAUACCACCUGUACAGAAGCGUGGAGCAGUACAUGACCGACUGCUUCCCCCCGUACAACGAGGAGGAGCUGAGCUUACUCUUCGGGAAGGACGCCAUCCUAUAGUCGCCGUCGCGAAGGCCCGCCCCCCCCGCGACCCGCGACCCGCUCUCCCCUCGUCCCCCUGCCCUCGGGCGGUGUUCUUCCCGCGGCCGAGAGGCGUUGCCCUUCGGUACCUGCGCCACAGAGAUCGGCUCCCUAUUGGCGAGGCUGCGCUCUGCGGUCGUGUCCUUGAGGUGGCUCUCGCGGUCCCUGCUGUGGACGCCCCUUGGGAAGGUCUCUUUCUUCUAGGGGAACCUCCCCCCACGUAUUGACCGUCUUGGGAGGCGUCAAAGCCCCUCGCACCGUAACCCGGCUUGUCUUGAUAGCACUGAUUUUUAAUCAAACUUCUUGUAAACGAAGCAGACUCCAGUCCUUUAUUCUGGGAAGAGAUCUGACUUUCUCAGAUUCGCUCACUGAUCGGUAUAUUACCAUUUUCGGAAGAGAAAAUGAAAAGAUAUUAGUCUUAUAUACCUCAUCUAUGCCAAGCCUUUUUUUAAGAAAUCCAAAAAACAUUUUUUAAUACUUUUUCAAGCAUUAUAUUAUCUUACACCAACCAUCUACUCUUAAUACCUAAAUAUCUACACAUUUCAUCAGUAAGCAUUACACAAUUGAACCAUAUAUGCGUAUCACACUAUAAGUGCAAUUGAUUUAAGAAAAGAUGUAAGGAACAUAUUUGCUGAUAUUUUCACAGCUCACAGUGGUGACAUUUCUUUCGUUUCCCCCACUCGUCCACACAUACUCUUCACGUUGUGGAUUUCUCGAGUCACACGCGAACAGCUGACUCCACUCACGGAGGAACUGAUGUCCAGGACGUGUGGAACGGCGGUGGCUGUGGACCCUGUGUUGUGAGAUUUUCUGAUGGCUUUUCAUUCCGUUCGGGAUUAACAUGUGAUUGCUACAGGCUUGCUACGUACAUCGUUAUUCACUGGUGUAUUGCGGUCCGGUCACCUUUUCCGUGGGGAAAAGUGCCAAACAAGAGUAGCAGAGUAAUGAUUUUAGUAAUAGAAUAGAAAUUAUCAAAUAAAAAGGUGAAAUGAUAGAUCAGCCUUGGUAUCUGUCUAUCGACUGUAGAUAUACGUGAAAGGUGGUAUUCAAGUCCCUCUUUUUUAAGUACAGAUAGACUCGUUUUAUAUAGAGAAAAAAAAAACAGAUAGAGAGUACAGGGGAUAAUGAGAAACACGUGGAAAUCGCCGCCUCCUUCUUAGUGCUACCUGUCGUUUCUAGGCAA